AAAUCACUGUUUUAUGAAAAAUACAUUCAUGUAAUACAAGACUAUUGGAAGCUAACAAAUUAAGACAAUACGAAGAUAGAGACAUCCACAGAAAUGAUGAAACAAAGUGUUAAUUACUCCAAUAUAACAUCUGUGUCUUCAAAUCUUACAACGUGCUUAACUAUCAAUAUCCCAGAAGAAAUAUUCUUUGCUAUUUCAGCUGUCGGCAUUUUGGAGAAUGUUUUCGUCCUUUCUGCAGUGAUCAAGAACAAGAAGCUGCAUUUGCCUAUGUACUAUUUUAUUUGCAGCUUAGCAGUUUCUGAUAUCCUUGCAAGUGUGUACAAAAUUCUAGAGAACAUCAUGAUGAUUUUGAUCCGACUUGGUCAUCUUCAAAAACAGGGUCUAUAUGAGAAAAAGAUAGACGAUGUUAUGGAUUGGUUCUUUGUAUUGUCUCUACUUGGAUCGAUAUUUAGCCUGUCUGCUAUCGCCGCGGAUAGGUACAUUACCAUCUUCUAUGCCCUGCGUUAUCAUAACAUCAUGACCCUCAGAAGAGCUUGGAUUAUUUUGGCUGCAAUCUGGAUAUGUUGCGGUGGUUGUGGAAUAGGUAUCGUUAUCUGUUUUCAUGAUACCAUAACAAUUUUGUGUUUUACUGUUAUGUUUCUUUUGUUAUUAGUGUUUAUAGUUUGCCUUUACAUCCAUAUGUUCCUUCUGGCUCAAUCACAUGCCAAAAAAAUAGCUUCACUCUCUGGUCAAUGGAAUUCUGUGCAGCAAAGGACAAAUAUGAAAGGAGCUAUUACACUGACCAUUUUAUUGGGUGUUUUUAUAUGCUGCUGGUCUCCAUUUAUUCUUCAUCUACUUUUAUAUUCAUUCUGUCCACAGAAUCCUUAUUGUUCUUGUUAUAUGUCAACUUUUUACAUAAAUUGCACACUUAUUUUGUGCAAUUCAGUCAUUGACCCAUUAAUUUAUGCAUUGCGGAGCCCGGAAUUGCGCAGUACCUUUAAAAAAAUGCUUUGUUGCUAGUGCUUAAUAAUGAACAAUAAUAAAC